AUGAAGAUUCCUGGGAAUGCCCCCAAAUUCCUCCGUGUAAAUGGAAUUGUAAGCAGUACCCACAUUCACGAUGCCGGAAAAUGCUUCUCCAGAAAGUGAGUUGUUGGCUCGUGAGAUGGUUAUUUAUUUGUUUUUAUUCUGUUUAAGCGCCGCUUCAUCUUCGAGAGGAGUUUUUCUACGAUUCUGAAGUGCAUUAAGGGUCCAUCAUUUAUGUUUUCUCCUGUAAACUUUCGUCUCAUCCAAAACGGUAAGCAAGUCAAUUUGAAGAAAAAGUUAUGGCGUCUUCUCUACUCGUUCCUCCUGUACUGUGAAUCUGUUUGAAGUAGACAUGUAAAAGUAUCUUCAGAAAUAACACAAUUUUUUUUUAUUAAGGAUGAUACAAAGCAUCAGAUUCCAACUAAUGGAGUGUAAAUGGCUCCCCUCUGUAUUUUCUCUCACUUUCAAAAAAUAAGUAUGUCCCCUAAAUAUAUAACUGAUUUCAUACUUUUUACUGCCUCAAUUCAAUUUUCUAUUGUUCUCUUCCCUUUUUUGUCUCUCAUAAAGUGUUAUCAUCAAUCCUUCCUGUAAUUAUUGAGACCAUUAUGGGGGCUCACAUGGAACUGCACUCCCUUUCAGUGUUUUAUUUCACUUUUGUAUGAUUAUUUAAUGAAUCAUUAUUCACUAAUUUAGGAAACAGUUUUUGCAUGAUAGAGAAAUAAGACAUCUAUCCUGGUCGACACAAGCAACUGGUUCAGGUGAUCUUCAGUUAGCAUUAAAAUUUGUCCUUGAAUCCCUCAUUCCACCGUAUUUCUCUUAACUCUUUAUGAUGAGUAAAUUAUUUGGCCUUGAAAUACACAAAUUGACUCGGGUUCCUGCAAUUUACUAUUGAACAACCGUGCGUUAAACUCGCAGGUGUUGAAGCAUCAUUUACAGAACCAAACAAAAAUGAUAUAUCCUUGCGAGAUGUUAAGACGGUGGUUGAGUCACGUGACGAUGAUAAAAUUCAGGUGAGCAUCUGACCUGCAUUUUUUGUUUCUGGCGUUAUUUAUACUAAUGUUUCACAUCGCAUUGUUAAAACCUUUGCUUGAAUAACUAACAAUAAUUAUUUCUUCUGAGCCAUGAUGUACUCUAUAUCAUGCAAGGCUCUGUCAUCUACAUUAAGUACAGUGCAAGGCGUAUCUUGUGUGGCUGUACCAGUACCAAGAGCUGGGAAUGGAAAAUUAUUUACGAGUCUUUUAAAAAUAUUUUGCUGCCGAAAUAUGAAAAUUAUUUUUUGUCUUUGGAUAUGUACCAGCGAAAUUAUAUCUGGUUUUGAAAAUAAGAAAGAUGAGACUUCCUGUUAUACCACUGCAAAGGCCUGUGCAGGAGAUUUUUUUAUAAAAUUUAUUCUAUGUUGUGUGUGUAUAUAUUAUCCGGCAAUUGAUGCAGACGUAAGCUAAAGAUAAAGUCAGAAUCGAUGAUAAGAAUCCUUUGACACAGCUAAUUUGUAUUUAUGAAAUUUAGUGAUUGUCAGGUUAUUGCUUUUAGACACCUGAUAAAUAGUGUUGUUCGAUAAUUCUAUACCUUAAACAGCCAUGAUAAUUCCGAUCAUUUUACGCAGGACAUAAUAAAUGAUGCUGCCCAAAAAAAGUUCCGCAUUUUAUAUUUCAUCUUAUAAGUGAUACAACAUGUUAUAAUGAUUGUCUUGUUAUGACUAGAACUUUUUAUUAGAUGGAUUUCCCAAAAAAUUGGAAACAUGAAAUGAACACUUAUUUGUAGAGUUUGAUGUCCUUAACGAGUGACUUAUCUAUUAUUUCUCCUGGAAUAUUCUUUAUUUUUUAUUUCUUAUAUUGUGAUUUUUUUAUAAAAUGUAAGCAUUUUCCAAAAAGAACUGGGAUUUUUUUUGUAAAUUUAUUUUAAAUCAAGUUUUAAGUUUUAAUCUUGAAACAACGGAGGUAUGAAUAUCUGCACUGAUAGCCGUUCUCUCAGUGGUUAUUUUUUUGUGAGAUAACAUAUCAGAUAAACUCAUUUAUCUCCCCUCUUCUUAUCAUAAUUUAAGAAAAAAGUUAUUUAAUUCAAAAUGGAUCCAAAUGUUUCGCAUCUAGUAUUUUACUAAUUCUUAUCAAGAGAUCUAAUGAAAUGAGAAAAAAAAAUGGGAAUCAAAUUUCUAAACACGCGUGCAUGCAAACUUUAUUAGUUGUAUAUUUCUCGUGAAUUUUUUUUGUCAGGUAAGAGUAGACUUGACGGAAGAAGAGACGCAGAGAACUUUUGAUGAGGUUCUAACAAAUUUGGCCCGCACUGCACCACCUAUUCCAGGUUUUCGUAAAAUGAAAGGAGGUUAGGUUUUAAGUCCAGGCUCGUAAUAUUUCAAGGAAUUAAUAUUGCAUUUACCCACUUAAAAUAUUCUCAUUCCAUAACUCAUUUAUUUUCUACCAAAUUAAUCAGAAUGUUUUACCAUUUCUGACAUUUAUUUUUCUGUUUCCUCGUGUUUUCCCACCCCCGAGAAAUUGCAGGGAAAACAUCCAAUGUGAGUAGGUCACCACCUUAGAGUUGACUUUUGAUUAGUAUGGUUAUUAUUUAUACUUUUACGAAUCUUCCAUCAUAUAUUUAUUUUGUUAUUUGUGUGGGAAAUAUAUCAGCGGUCCAUGUUAUCAGGUUUCAUGCACGUUGUCAUUCGUCAUCCAAUGCUAAUGUUUACAAUGAAAUCUAGAUAUUUUGGUUGAUAUCAUGCACCAUUGAAAUAACAAGGAUAUUUACAUGAAUAGUUUCCCUCAGAAAUAGCCUACCUGAAAAUGACAAUGUCCACAGGAAAAUGGGAAAACUCCCCUUUCUGACCAUAGAGACUAUACGACUGCCUUCCAAAAUAUGGAACUCCCCCUGGUAUUAUAGCAUUGAGGAUUCAUUUUCCUUCUUCCCCAUGAUUCUUGGAACCUCCACAACGAUAUUCUUCAGAUAAUGUUUUUUGUGAAAAUGUGACCAAAUCUUAGAAAUCUUGUCUCAUCCUUGUGAAGGGUCAAUGUCCCACGACUUAAUCCUCGAUCUUGUGGGGUGGGGCCAUUUCUUGGUAGAUCUGAUGAUUCCCUUUUCAUCCAGCCUGUAGCUUUAUUGGGUACAAGAACAUCGUAAUGCUGCCUCUCUGGUUCCAUUUUUUCAACCGGGGCUGCUGCCGUUCCCAUGAUUCUUGCAGGUCCCGAAGAGCUUUCUACUGCAGAUGCUCGGCAGAGACCGUGUUACUAAAUUCGUCAUUCAAGAAAUUGUCAGCACAACCAUAAGGGAUUAUGUCACUAAAGUAAGUCAUCCAGCAGCUCUGCCUGGGAGAAACGAACCCAUUUACGGACAUAUGGACUAAUGGCCUUUCAUGCAUCAUCCGAUCCAGGAAAACCUGAAAGUGGGAAGCAAGUGCAACACCAUCCAGACAGCUGAAGAGCUGGAGUCGGCGUUUUCCCCGGGGACGACCUUCGGGUUCAAUGCCAUUCUGGAGUUCGAGUCAGAGCCUGAGGCAUCUGAAGAGUGA